GUAAUUGGUUAUAGGUAUCUAUUAGAUACCUCUGCAAUUGACUUUAUUGUAAGAGAAUUUUGUCUACUUGGUUAUAGUUUAUUCAACGUUAUUUUAAAGACUUUGGGAAUUGGGAGGACUUUUCUUUUUCUGUGUUCUGUUAUAAUUUCUUGAUUCUUGAUGAUGAUGAACUCAAUUUAUCUAAGCACAGUUUCUUUAUCUAUUUCUGUUGAUAAUUGGAGGGGAAAAGCAAAAAGGCAAAAGAAAUGGCUCAUUAUUUGGAUUCUUCUUCUUCUUUAGUCCCUCCUUUGAUUGCUAAACCCAGCAAGGUUGAUCUUGAAGCUGGUAACGUUGACCAUAUUCAAUGCCGUAUUUGUCUUGAAAGUGAUGGCAUGGAUUUUAUUGCACCGUGUAAGUGCAAGGGUACAUCAAAGUAUGUUCACCGAGAAUGCCUUGAUCAAUGGCGUGCUGUGAAGGAAGGAUUUGCAUUUGCCCAUUGUACGACUUGCGAGGCUCCCUUUUACUUGAGAGUUAACGAUCUUCAUAGAAAAUGGCGAACCUUAAAAUUUCGGUUCUUCGUGACGACAGACAUUUUGGUCAUCUUUCUCGCUGUUCAGCUUGUUAUAGCUUCACUGGGAUAUUUGGUGUAUGUGAUUGAUACACAUCAGAAGUCAUGGCUUCUUUUGCACUGGGGGUUUGACUGCGAACUAUGCUUCUAUUACAUAUGCGGGGCACUGUUGUUUUUCGUAUUGAUGGGCAUAUCUGGUUGUUUCUUAACUUGCUUUGAUGAAAGUGUGCACAAUGAUUUGGGUCAGCCCUGCCAGAAUGCGUUGUCUUGUUGCUCUUGCGAUGGAAUGUGUGCAGACUGUCAUACGCAUCGUACAGGUACAACUUAUAUCUGCGUCGAUUCUAACAUAUGCUCCGAAAAUUGUUCGAAUUCGACAUGUGAAUGUUGCUCCGAGAAUCAAUCUUGCACAGAAUGUGAAUGUGGGAAUUGCUUUGGAGGUGAAGGUGAAUCUGGGAUACACACAUUAUUAAUUAUAGCUGUAAUUGUGCUAGGAGUGUUAGCCAUCUUAGGCAUGUUUUACAGUGUUUUGGUUGCUACAAUGGUUGGACAGAGAAUUUGGCAGCGACGCUACCACAUACUUGAGAAAAGAAUACUAACAAAGGAUAAAUUGCACCACAAAAUUAAGGUAUUAUGAUGUUGGAAUUGUCUGGCAAUGAGGUUGAUUAAGCAACCUUUUGGUGAGUUAAACCGACAAUAAUUGUGUCGAUGAAUUGUGAUUGUCAAGGCGCAAUAAUCAUUGUAAGAAAAUAAAUCUUUCAAUGGGAAGAGUAGAUAUAUUUUCUUAAGAUAAAUGUCAUAAAGCAAUUGCUUAGAGAUGAGAGUUUUUUAUGCAUAUUAUGUGUAGACAAAAGAUGAUUUGGCCGAUCUUUUGACUUAUAAGUGAAACAUCGAGGGGUUGGGACUUUUGCCAAUUUGAGUUAUAUCAACAAUGAUGGUAACCCAAUCUAUGUGAUUGGAGAUCCCAUGAAGUAGGUUCAUAUGGGUAAUAACAAGUCAUUAGUUGAUCAAAUAUGUACUAUUAAAUUAUGUCUCUUCCUAUGGCGUGUGUAUAUAGUGCAGGACUACAAGGAAUGUGAGGUUGAGUAAUUAAACUCUUAAUCCAAUAAUCCAUAGCCUUUUGUAGAUAGUGUAUUGCGCUGCAGAAUACACUUGAUGGAUGUGCUUAUAUGAGUGUGGAGUGGGGCCGCUCCUAUGAAAUUUGUAGCAAAAUUUUAGAGAACUAGGCCUGCGCAUGGCCUAUUAGCGCAAAACUGCGAUAACAACAUAAAUUUUGAUAUGUGUGAUAUGAUGAAUAAGAUCCCUAGCUUACAAUAAGAGUUUUUGGUUCAUAGAAGUUAUUAACUUCACCAAUUAUUCUGUAAGUUAAAUCUUAUUUUAUCUAUAUCUGGUUCAGUCUAUAAGACACCAGAUGAAUUUCAUUAUACCCGAAACCCAGCAAAUUAUACUCUCUCUCUUUAUUUAUUACCUUUUGAGAUAUGCGGGGGAUGGAAAAUUAGUGGUAUCUCAUAAGGUUAUGUCCAUCAUGGUUUGGAAAAUCUUUUCUCUUUGAAAUAUUAUUUACAUCUACUUAUUAUUUAGUAAAUUAUUUUACAUUUAAUACAGUCAAACUAGUCGUUAUCUAGCCAUUAACUAUCUGUUAUCUAGCCGUUAUAUAAACAUGGUCUUUGGAGAGUUAAAAACACUUUCUAACACAACCUUCUAAAUCUUCUUCUUCCUCCUAUACACUAGGUUUCUUCGUAGAAUUUCCUGCUAGUUCUAUUCCCAGUUUUACAACUGGAAGAAGUUGUUGAAUCUUAGGGGAUGCACCUAAUUUUAUUCAUCACCGUGUGGGCGAAAUAUCCUUAAGGACAGUGUCCUUAACACGCCUCAAGCUAAAUCUCAUUCUCCAUAAUUUAAUUUUUCCAACAGAUACUUGAAGUUUCAGUUUCUUUUUCUGUACUCAUUCUUGGUCUGUAACACUUUUGGCUUUGAAGCCUGUUGAUUAGGUUGUUGAUCUUAAAAGUCAAUGAAAAUGCAGUUUGGUGUCCUGGUUAUGUGAAGAUUUCAUGAACCAGUCAUGAGCUGCAUGUUUGUUAUCAUAAUUCUUACCGAGCUUAUUAGGGUUCUAUCUGAUAUGCUAAUUCUUAUAUAGGAAUAUGUUGUGGAGGACGUAGGCGAGGUGGCGCGUAAUGAUUGGUCACCGCCGCCAUUGCCACAGGAGCAUGUUCAGCAGCUGGAAUCACUUGGACUUCUAUAAACUUGAAGAAGUUGACAGAGGAAACAACAGAUGGAUUGCACUCCAUAUUAACUCAAGUUUAUGGAUCUCCAAGGGACAAUGCUUAUUUACCAAGACAAAAAUUUAUUUGAACUCAAUAUUUUUCACUUAUGUGCAUAUUUUAUAAAUGAUCACAUGUAAUUGUUGAAGAAACUGAUCAUUAAUAAAUUAAAUGAAGCAACAUGAUGCAUCUCAACUAUGGGUUGCUUCAAGUAAGUAAGAAAA